CAAACCCACUGGCUAUAGGCUCGUCGUUUCAUAUUCCUUUGAUAAAAAAUAUACUUUGAACUCUAUUUUCCAAUUGCCAUUUUUUUUCAUCUUCAGAUCAAAUUGGGCGACGAAAGCUCCAUAUUAUUAUCUUCCUAUACAUUGGAUCUCACUUUCAUUGAAUUUUGAAGAAUUUAUUGUAUGGCAAAUUAUUAUGUAACGGCGGUUCCGCCGACGGAUCUGAAUCGGAAUACCGAGUGGUUCACGUAUCCCGGUGUAUGGACGACCUACAUCCUAAUUCUAUUCUUCUCAUGGCUCGUUGUUCUCUCCGUAUUUGGUUGCUCUCCUGGCAUGGCUUGGACCAUCGUCCAUCUUUCUCAUUUUCUCGUCACAUAUCAAUGUUUUCACUGGAAGAAGGGAACACCAUUUGCUGAUGACCAAGGUAUCUACAAUAGGUUGACUUGGUGGGAGCAGAUAGAUAGUGGGAAGCAGCUUACACGCAAUAGGAAGUUUCUAACAGUUGUCCCUGUGGUGCUCUACUUGAUAGCCUCCCAUACAACUGAUUAUCAACACCCCAUGCUGUUCUUCAACACAAUCGCAGUUUUUGUACUGGUCGUUGCCAAGUUUCCCAAUAUGCACAAGGUUCGUAUUUUCGGGAUAAAUGCAGAUCAAUGAGCUUGGGUUCAACUGAAUACAUACCACAGAAAGAAGGGAAAAAAAAGUACUAAUUGAUUUGCUUUUAAGCAUCAUGAGUAAAACUGGGAUGUCCCUGUACAGAUGCAAGAACUGGAAAGGGUAUAUCAUUAUUUUGUAAAAGAAAUCAACAUGUUCUCUCUUUGUGGAUAUUUUUUUCUUGUAAAAACUGUUUGUAUGAGAAUGCUGGAAUAUCGAUUGAGUUAUGAUAUUUUUCGUGUUACAACUCAA